GAUGAUGGUGAUGAUGGUGCUGCUCGUGCUGCAGUUCUGGCUCACGGUUCACGGAGCCCUUGCUGUGUUUUCCCAGCAGCCCCAGGACUUGGUGGUGGUGGCUGGUCACCCCGUCACUCUGCCAUGCUCCAUUCCAGGCUACCAGGGCGUUGUGCUGUGGAUCAAAGAUGGCCUGGCUUUGGGGGUUGGACGAGACCUAUCAGGUUAUCCUCGCUACACUGUAAUUGGUGAUCACAGUUCCGGGGAACACCACCUGAGGAUCCAAAGGGUUGAGCUAGCAGACGAUGCUGUGUUUGAGUGCCAGGCUAUCCAGGCCGCCAUGAGGUCUCGACCUGCUCGACUCACAGUUUUGGUUCCACCAGAUAACCCAGUUAUUGAUGGAGGCCCUGUGGUGAGCUUGAGAGCUGGAGACCCACUCAACCUGACGUGUCAUGCUGACAAUGCCAAGCCUGCCGCCUCAAUCAUCUGGAUUCGAAAUGGGGAGGUACUAAAUGGAGUCAUGUACUCUAAGACUGUUUUUCGAGAUGGCAGGAAGGAGAGUACAGUCAGCAGUCUGUACAUUUCACCAUCAAACAUCGAGAGCGGACAGACGAUCAUCUGCCGUGCAUCGAACAAAGCUGUCCCAAACGGCAAGGAGAGCAGCGUCACUAUUGACAUCCAGCAUUUACCGCUAGUGAACCUCUCUGUUGAACCUCAGCCAGUAUUGGAAGGAAACCUGGUGAAGUUCCACUGCUCGGCCAAAGCCAAUCCACCAGUCACUCAGUACAGGUGGGCCAAAGGAGGUCACGUGAUCAAAGAAGUAUCCGGAGACACCUAUGAAGUCGUAGUGGACCACUCCUUCUUUACAGAUGCUGUUUCUUGUGAGGUCACCAACCCACUCGGGAGUACAAAUAUCAGCCGUAACGUGGACGUCUACUUUGGUCCUCGUAUGGCUGCAGAGCCGCAGUCCCUGCAGGUGGACCUGGGUUCGGACGCCGUGUUUAAUUGUGCAUGGACGGGAAACCCAUCACUCACGAUCGUGUGGAUGAAGAGGGGCUCUGGAGUGGUGCUGAGCAACGAGAACAUCCUGACUUUAAAAUCAGUGAGACAGGAGGAUGCAGGGAAGUAUGUCUGCCGUGCUGUGGUACCUCGAGUCGGGGCUGGAGAGAAGGAGGUUACGCUUACAGUGAACGGGCCUCCGACCAUCUCCAGCACUCAAACACACCAGGCUCCUCAUGGCGAAAAGGGUCAGAUCAAGUGCUUCAUCCGCAGCACCCCUCCUCCGGACCGCAUCGCCUGGUCAUGGAAAGAGACGGUCCUCGAGUCGGGCACAUCCGGCCGCUACACGGUCGAGACGGUGAGCACCGAGGACGGUGUCCUGUCCACCCUAACGAUGAGCAACAUCGUCCCCGCUGACUUCCAGACCAUCUACAACUGCACGGCCUGGAACAGCUUUGGAUCCGAUACUGAAAUCAUACGUCUCAAGGAACAAGGCGGCUAUCAUUUGUUGUCCGCAGAGUCUCUGCCUGUGGCCGUGAUUAUCGGCGUGGCGGUGGGAGCCUUCGUCGCCUUCAUCGUCCUCAUCGGCACCAUCGGGGCUUUUUGCUGCACACGCUCUCAGAGAAAAGACGCUCACCUGGUCAUGCCCUCCCUCCCUGCCUCGAUCUGUGCUCAGCAGAGAGAACUUUCAAGCAAAAUUAAGACAGAAAACCUCAAAGGCGUCGUCACGACCAAGAAUGAUAUCCGCGUGGAGAUCGUUCACAAAGAUCACAACGCUGCACGGGAAAAUGAGGACCAUGCCGCCAUGAAACAGCUGAUGAUUGAACGUGGAGAAUUCCAGCAGGAGUCUGUUCUUAAGCAGCUGGAGGUCCUGCAGGAGGAGGAGAAAGAGUACCAGCACAUCAAGGAUCCCACCAACGGCUACUACAGCGUGAACACCUUCAAGGAGCACCACGGGACCCCAACCAUCACACUGGCUAACGCCCACAACACCACCGAACUGCGGCGUGAAUCCUCCACAGGCAAGCAGCGAGUACCCACAGGCAUGUCCUUCACCAACAUCUACUCAACCAUUGGUGGCGCGCCCAACCCUCGCUUGUAUGAGUACGACGGGCGCUUCGUCCUGGGCACCGGCAGCAGCUCCAUCGAGCUUUGCGAGCGCGAGCUGCAGCAGCGUGCCUCCCUUAGCGACUCGGGUUCCUUCAUGGACACGCACUGCGACAGCAGCGCCAGCAGCUACGCACACUUUGACAAGGACAGCAAGGCCUCCGCGUCGUCCUCGUCACACCACUCGCACUCGUCCUCGCAGAACUCGGACCUGACGCGACCCCUGCAGAAGCGCAUGCAGACUCACGUGUGACGACGUCUGCGGAUGAUGUCGGGAAGCAGAUCAAGCACACAAGCUCUCUUUUUCUUACUCUUUUUGUCUCUGUAACGUCAUCAUAAUAAACCUCGUACAACGCAGCUUUGGAAACGCCUUCGUGGUCACGGUUACAAAUGCAGAGAAGUCAAAUACCCUGAUUCCAGAAGAAGCACCUUCAGCGUAGUACCAGUGAGAAAUGCCUCAGCAACUGUACAGAACCCACGAUACAGGAUAAAACCAUGCUGACAAAAACGCGUGGACGGGCAGAUCACAAAAGAAGGGAGGUCUACAGAUCAUGAACAGACUCCACAGUUCUGUUGACACCUCCAGUCCAUGAUGCCUUUGGCAGCAUCAGAAAGACAACAUCCUGAUUCUCUUGCCUUCUCUUGCUCUCUUGUACAGCAGACCUGUCUAAGCGAGUGUGUGUUAUUUGACAGUAACUCCUUUUUCCCUUUCCCCACAGCUAAGACUUUUGCUUCUGCGUGGAUGGAAACUUAUAAAAAGAAAAAAGAAAGAAAAAAAAAAGUUUGCCAACAGACUUAAUCACUGUCAGUCAAUAUAGUUGGAUUCCAGUUCUCCUGCAUCCUGGAGAUAUAUAGCCCUCUGCCAUUCUGAAAAUAUCUGUACAUUAUUCAUUUAUUAGUUUGUUUGUUUUUUUUUAUUUUCUUGCUGUCUUUUGUCAGUUUGAUCAUACGUUUUUGUUUUUUUUUGUCUCACUUUGGCGAUUGCUGACUUUGCCGACCUUAAGGAGGACUUAAAAGUGGAUGAUCUGAUCUUUUCUUAACUAAGCUGAUUUAAAAUGCACAGGAUGUUUUGGCCAUCAAGUAAGAACAAUGCAAAUAUUUUCACUACUUUGUUAAUGAAAGAAUGCUCAGCCUGUGUGUGACGUGGCAAGGAUCUGGUCUCGUCAAACCUCAUAUAAACCAGCGACUCGAAUUUACACCAUAUACACGAAUUACCUUUUCUGUGGCUUUAAAUUCUUAGUAUAUAGUCACAUUGUUUACACUGACUGAAAAGGGUUGACGGCCGAUGACCCCCGGACGGAGGGAAAACAUUUCACCUGCUCUCCACAGCCUUCAGACUGCACCGCAGGACACCUGCUCACUGUUUUAAGUGAACUGUCUGCACACUGAGAUGUACCAUCAAGACUCUGAUUUCAUUCUUGAUUUGUUUGUACGAUGUUUGCUCCUCUUUAUUUCCGUCCGUUGAGAGCACUUGACGUUACUCCUGAUUACACACAAGCACCUGUAUAGAUGCACUGUACAAAAACAAACAAGCCAAAAGCAGAGCAGGAAGUAGUACGGAGACACGCAAUGCAUGAUGCAUGCCAGGUUCAGACUGAGGCAAGCAGGUGCUGUUUGGUACGAUUACAGCCUCAUCUACAUGAUAUGUAUAUUUAUUACACACUUUGUUUAGCCUGCCAGGAUUUGCGUGGAGGAAAUUCCAGGUUUCUGAUAAGGCACGGACACCAGAUAAGGGUAGCCUGCUCAUCUCUCAUGUGGUGGAAGAACUCAUAAACAUGACAUACUGUAAACGGAUAGCUAGUGGUUGGACAACUAGUUGACCAGUAAUUUUAAAAGGAUUCAGUUAGUCACCUUCUCUAUGUUUAGGCCAAUAAGAGGGAUCCCUUUUAAUAGUGCUGAUAAACAGCAGCAAAAAAAAUGCACCGCACUCGACAGACUUGACCACAAUUAAGAGUCAUAGCAAGUGAUACAUGCCAUUUCCAGCUUCUUAGCAUGCUUCCUCACUAGGCACAAUUGCUUUGUGUCAAUGACAGGGUACGAUUUCUUAUUGAUUCGAAUCGUGCCCCAGUAUGGCAUACCUUGCUUGCGACCAUUUUUACAUAUUAUGCAAAUAUCCUGGAAUUUAGGGUCAAGUGUACUCGGAUCUGUUUUAAAGCACCCUUAAGCUAAAUGCAUACAUGGUGCAUCAUACUGUAUGUAUUACACUUGAAUGAACUAAUUCUUAAAUUGCCAUGCUCAAUGACUGGGCAUCCUUUCACUUAGAAAGGCUGCUCAAUGUCUAGAGCAGCCACUGAUCCGAAAAGUACUCUGGAUCAGCCUCUAAAGUUCUGGGGUUUCAUUGGAAAAUGAUGAGCGACCUGUAGUUUAGAAAGCACUCCUGUACCACUUUGCUCAUAAAGGAAUUUAUUAUACCACAAAGAAUCGUAGGAGGAAUUCCUCAGUGGAAAAUAUAUGAUCUUGUUUUGAGGAGGCCGUUAUGAUCUGAUGCUGCAUGCCACUAAAAGAUUGAGUGGUGGUACCCAGUAGUGCAAACAGGGGAGAGCAGCUGCCUGCCAAAACCCAUCUUCAAAACCAGUCAUGCAUUCAACAUUCUUGAUAAUGUUUUGAUCUUAAAAAAUACUUAUCUCCUUUUUAUCUGCUUUUAAGUCUUUCCGAAUUGCCUCAGGGCCAUCGGCAUUGUUUUGUUCAUGGCUACAUGUAUCAUGACCUAACAGAAGGUCUAACGAAUCCUAUAUCCCUUUCUAACCCCUGAUCAAGGGCAGUACUUGGUGUGUGGAACAAGAGGUUGUAAACCCUAUAUAGUACACUAGCUUUCCAUUUAAUGCUUUUUGGGAUUCAACAUUUGAACAGUUCCUCACCCUUUGGCUGCAUUUAUGUAACCGGUAAGAAUUUAAAACUACCUUCACUCCUGCCUAUGUCCUGGUUAAUUAGUAUAUGCAACCUCUAGUAGGUAGACGGUGAGGUUACGUAAAAAUUUCAUUGGAUAUUUGCCCAUAAUUAGAUCAUAUGAUUCACUGCCCAAUCUAGACUUCUCACGUUUCAAAGGUUAGCCUUGUUACAGUGUAAAAAACUCAAUCAAGAAAACUAAUUUCUGUACAUAUUGUGUGAGUUAGGUGGGAUCAAGGUCAAUGCUAGCCCAGCUGUGAUUACAAAUCCAUUUACUUUAAAAGGUGACAAUACGAAAAUGCUCAAACAUAAUUGUGUUUCUUCGAUUCUUCACUGUUAAAAAUCUUCCGCCAUGACAGCACAAUCAUGACAUUGUUGUAGAUAAUGAUCUACUGCAAUCAACAUCACAAUGUAUAGAAAGUGGGAGGGAAAGCUUUUAACCACAUCUCUAUGGAGACUAUGAAAGAUUAUGGAGCUGGCAGGAUGUGUGGGUUCGCAAUUAUAUCUGUAUUGCAUGUAACAGUUAGAUAGUGUGGAUUAAAAUGCCGGGUAAAAUGGAAGCAGUUCUGCUCCAGAGACUCACCCUGUGUGAACCCAACAUCAGUAGGUAUCGUUUUAUAAAACAUUCUCAACAGA